GGUGAUCUGGAGUGUGCCUUUAUUGGAAUGUAUGUGGUGUGUCCACUGCAGGGAGACGAACAACAAAAAGCAGAGACACAUUAGCGAAUGCUACUAGAAAAUGGUCCAAACACCCACAUUCCAAAACCGCAAACCCCCCACCAAACCCAAACUCCCAAGUGAAUCCAUCCAAAGCCGGACCCGACGACGACGGACAUAUCUGAGUGAUUCCGAUGUAUCCAGUCUAAGUGAUAUUGACGUUUUUUGGGGUGACAGUGAUGAGAGUGAUGAUGAUACCCGUAUAUCGAAAGGAGAGGUACCAAAGAGCAUUAUACGGCCCUCAAAGCAGACUCAUAAAAGGGAUACCACUACAUCGAUACAUACUCGUACACCCAAACGACGGAAAUUAGGUUCAAAUCCUACCCGCCCAUCACUCAACAGCUCACCUCUAAAACAAGCGCCUGUACCGCACCCGCAUGCACACAAUGACACGCAUCCGCCCGUGCCGGUAGUACCUUCCACACCCAUCCCUACCAUUAUCCCAAAUGGGAUCCCACCCGCCCCUUCAACUUCCAACACUUGCGACACACCCAACACCGCCCAUGUCACGCAGAGUAAACCCAAACGUGUAAGAUUAGGGCAAAAACCCGUUCCUGCUCUCCGAAAUGCUGAAAAUACGGUAGAACGCGACGUCAAGCGAGAUGAUAUUAUCGGGCAUUUGAAGGGCCGUGUUGGAUCUGAAGCGACGUUGGGGAAGCAAAAGAAGAUGGGUCGUGAGAAACUCAAGGUGGGAUCAGAUGGUGGUAGCCACGGCGCGAAUGGAUCCAAUAAGGGUGUUCUUGGGGAUGAUAAAGAGGGAGUAGUCAAGAAUGUGGUGGAUGAAGCGGCAGGGACUGCCAAGGAUGACAAGGACGCAUCGGUCAAAUCUGGUCUGUCAAAGCGUGCCAAGGUGGUCGCGGUGGGUAAUGAGAGCACAAGCGCGAAAUCAGACGGUGUGAUCCCCCCAAAGCGAUCGAGGCGGAGUUUGGGCGUCAAGGAGGUUGAGCACGCCGCGCAGAAUGGUACCAGCGUCACUUUGAAUGGAUGGCCCCUGUUGGUCCAUGAUAAAACAGACCUGGAUCUUCAAGUACAAGCAUUUCCAUGCAAGUCAGGCAAAUACGGUCAUUACGACCGCUGUCGACCCUGCCUCGCCAAAAAAGGGGAACCAUGCCGUUUUCAAGGUAUGCGGGCUUUUCGCAUGAAAGACAAGACUCCCAUCGAAGACCCGUACUUUUUCUCAGACAAGCCGAUGGAAGAUGUCAACGUUCCCUCCAUACCCCACUCUGGAAACUUUCCACCAUUGAGUGAUGCAACAGCCUAUAAACUGUGCUUGAGCUAUACGGCAUUUCGCGAAUGCAUUGACAGAGAGCUGGCCCACAUCACAGCCUAUGCGUCAGGCAACCGGACAACCGCGUCCCUUCACUGUAUCAAACGCCCCAUUCCGUUGACGAGGCAAACUUGUGAUAUCUGCGAGCAAGGAAUAUACAAUACGUAUUACAUGUGCACUAUCUGUGGGAGGGAUAUGUGCCUUUUAUGCGUUGAAGAAGGGUGGGGUGUACCGAAUGGGCAUGCAUCCGAAGCGGUAACGAGCACGGUAGUCAAAUCUUUCAAAGACACAGACAACAAACCGACAAGCGUCAAAAAUCCAAUAAUGGUUUGCUCAUUCAGACGAACGCACGAUAUGCGUAAUUUUCUGGUAAUUAGUCGAUGGGAUAUCGACCAGAUGACUCGAUCAAGGGAUUGGGUCAAAGGAUGGAUGAAUCAGCAUGCGAAUCGCAAAUUGGGCAUCAACGGGACAGCAGCACCCUCGAAUGGAAUUGACGCGCAUUCGGAUGAACACCUCAAUGGGAAAGACAACCAGAUGCCGAACGGUACCACCCAUAUCCACUCGGCUGAAACUGCCAAUAUAAAGAUGGACGACUCGUUUGACGUUGACAGCCUCAUCAAUGCACCCCACCCAGAUCUAGUCAUUAUCCCCUACGAACAGCUUACGGUCCCUCUCUUCCAACACUAUUGGCGGCAGAGGAAAGCCAUUUUUGUAACAGAUAUGGCAAAUAGUGUAACGGACCACUGGAAACCGCAAGUAUUUGAGGAUCUUGCUGGCGAGGAAAUUGCUAGUCUUAUUGACUGCAAGUCUGGUAAAAUACACUCUGAGUCGCCGUUAGCUUCCUUUUUUAAAGGUUUUGGAAAGAGAGAAGGAGACGGAACCAUUGUUAAGCUAAAGGACUGGCCAAGCGACAUGCACUUUCGAGCAAAAUUACCAAAACACUCUACCGAUUUCCUUGAUUUGAUCCCUAUACCAGAGUACACUCACCCCGAUGGAAAAUUCAACCUUGUUUCCCAUAUUUCGGAAAACGAUGUCCCACCGGAUCUUGGUCCUAAAAUGUAUGCUGCCUAUGGCUAUAAUCCGGAUCAGACGGGGGGUACCACGAAUUUGCACCUUGAUGUUGCGGAUGCUGCCAAUGUUUUGGUGUCGAGUCAACGACAUUGGGUUCCGCCCAGUACCGAGCCCCCUACCACUGCUUGUACUUCCUCACCAGAAAACAUUCCACCCCACAAACUCGAAGGCGCCAUUUGGGAUCUCUUCCCACCAUCCACGCUUACCAAUCUCCGAUCCUACCUCCGACACCACUACCGUCACCCCACCCACCCACACCCCCUCAUGAUCGACGACCCAAUACACGAUCAAACCUUUUAUCUCCACCCCCCACAUCUCCACGACCUAAUCACCUCCCACUCUGUUCGACCCAUCCGUCUGCACCAACGUCUAGGCGAUACAGUAUUCGUACCAGCAGGAUUCGCCCACCAAGUCAGCAAUUACGGUGAUUGUAUUAAAUGUGCCUUGGAUUUUGUCUCGGCGGAGGGUGUAGCUGUUUGUGAGGAUUUGUGUAGAGAGUUUCGAAGACUUGGAAAAGGACAUGGACGCAAAGGGGAUACUGUUUCGGUUGGGAAAGUUGUUUGGGGGGUUGUGAGGAGUGCGUUGGGUGAAGCUGGUGGUUAGGAAAUGGUUGUUUUGUGAGUGAUUGUUGUAAUGAUGGGUUUGGGGGGACUUACGGAAUUUUGAAUUUCUGGGGUGUAUAUAGCGUCUUUUUGAAAGACUGCAAGAUUUUUAUUAUUUUUUUUUACGUGUGUUUUUGGGUACGGUGUUGAAUGCUACUGUGCUAGAGUAUCAUCUUAUUUUCAGGUUGAAUAACUUUGUGGUAGAUUUUCCAUCUUAUUGUCAGUACAUGGAUUUCGUUGAGAUAAUACUUGGGUUUUUUGACAUGCCUAUAAUCAUAUGUAUUUGACAGUAACAAAGAUUUUG